GCCCAGGCUGCGGGCACGGCGGGCCGGGAGCGCUCCUGCGGCUGUGCCCUGGGAUCGACGGACCCGGCCCGGCCCACUCGGUUGCCUGGGGGUCCCCGUGGCCCUGCGGAGGGCCAGGAGUGGGCGGCUCAAGUCCUGUCCUUUUGUUGGACGGCGGGACUCGCGUGGCGGCCCAAGUCGGGAGCGACGCAAGUCGGACAAGAGGCCCAAGGAGCGCUGCUCAGACAGAGGCCUGGGGACCCCGGGGCGUUGGGGGGCUUCAUCUGCGUCCUGGGGCUGGCAGUCCAGAGGCCGCGGUGGGGUCACUUCCUCCCUUCUCCAGGCCUUGGUGGCGGCUCAGACGGGGCAUGCGCACUCCCCCACCUAGCGCUUUGUGAGUGCCCGGAACCCAGGGGGCACCGCUGACUGGCCAAAGUCCAAGAGACAGUCCUGGGCCUUGGCCGGGCAGAGGUGGCCAAGCGGUGCCCUGGGCCCGGUGGAUGAGGGUGCUGUGGUAGGCACAGUGGAGGGGGCAAUCAGCCAGCCACAGUUUACUGACCCCUGCGCAGUGCUAGGUCCCAGGUGAGAUGAGACGUGGGGCAGGCACGUGAGAGGGGGGAAUAAAACCCUGACCUACACAGGGCUCACGCCCUCUGAAGUGCAGGCACCGAGGGUUAGAGGAACAGGUCACCCCUCACAAGCAAGCAAAGAAGCUCAUUUUGGUUUCUGACAAGUGCAGUGAUGGAAAUAAAACCAGGCGGUGACUCCGAGCUGAGCCCCAGAAAGAUAAGAUGGAGGACCUGGGGACCCUCUUACAGGUUCCAUCUUUUUCCAGCAGGACCUUUCAAAACAGAACUCAUGCCCUGACUUUCCAGACUCCACAGGUUUCAUGGAAAACCCUCCCAUCUGUUGUCAUUCUCUCUCAUAACACUCCUCCCUGAUUCUCCAGAUUGUCUCUAGUUCUGCCUUUGAGCCUUCUCACUCUCUGUUCCCUGUGAACUCCCACCCCCAUCCCUUUCGUUUGUUCCUCCUUGUCUCAGCUCCAGCUGAGGCUUGGAAGACCGGUUUUAAAGUAACUGCUCCCAAGUCAUUCUGUCACAAUGCUGUUGUCAUUUUCUUCGUGGCUCCAAUUUCUUAUUUAUUUUAUUUUAGGCCAUUCCCUCCCCAGCUGUCAAUUCCAGCACAGUUUAUGUCUGUCUUGGUUGCUGCUGUGGCCCUGGUAUCUAGAACAGUGCCUGGCACACAGCAGCUGCUCAGUACGUGUUGGUGAGGUGAAUGAGUGAGCUGGACAUGCUGUAGGAAGAGAAGGUCUGCAAACGCCGGAACAGAGAGUGAACAAAGGGAAGAGGUGGACAGAGGCUGACUGUGGAGGGCGUUGCAGGUCACUGACGAGCCUCUGAGUGUCAGUGGUGGUGUUGUCCCUUGUCGCCUGGAGCCCCAUGCAGCCGGAACCCAGGCCUAGCGGGGCUGGGGCCCGCACACGAUUCCUGCCCCUGAGGUCGCAGCGCCCUGAGGGUGCAGGGGACACAGUGAUGUACGCCUCCACCGAAUGCAAGGCAGAAGUGACCCCCUCCCAGCAUGGCAACCGCACCUUCAGCUACACGCUGGAGGACCAUACCAAGCAGGCCUUCGGAAUCAUGAAUGAGCUGCGGCUCAGCCAGCAGCUGUGCGAUGUCACACUGCAGGUCAAGUAUCAGGACGCACCGGCUGCACAGUUCAUGGCCCACAAGGUGGUUCUAGCCUCAUCCAGCCCUGUCUUCAAGGCCAUGUUCACCAAUGGGCUACGGGAACAGGGCAUGGAGGUGGUGUCCAUCGAGGGUAUCCACCCCAAGGUCAUGGAGCGUCUCAUUGAGUUUGCCUACACAGCCUCCAUCUCCAUGGGCGAGAAGUGUGUGCUCCAUGUCAUGAACGGUGCUGUUAUGUAUCAGAUCGACAGCGUUGUUCGUGCCUGCAGUGACUUCCUGGUACAGCAGCUGGAUCCCAGCAACGCCAUUGGCAUUGCCAACUUCGCUGAGCAGAUUGGCUGUGCUGAGCUGCACCAGCGCGCCCGAGAGUACAUCUACAUGCACUUCGGGGAGGUGGCCAAGCAAGAAGAGUUCUUCAACCUGUCCCACUGCCAGCUGGUGACCCUCAUCAGCCGGGAUGAUCUGAAUGUGCGCUGCGAGUCUGAAGUCUUCCAUGCCUGUAUCAACUGGGUCAAGUACGACUGUGAGCAGCGACGCUUCUACAUUCAGGCGCUGCUGCGGGCUGUGCGCUGCCACUCGCUCACACCCCACUUUCUGCAGAUGCAGCUGCAGAAGUGCGAGAUCUUGCAGUCAGACUCCCGCUGCAAGGACUAUCUGGUCAAGAUCUUCCAGGAGCUCACCCUGCACAAGCCCACACAAGUGAUGCCCUGCCGGGCACCCAAGGUGGGCCGGCUCAUCUACACUGCUGGUGGCUAUUUCCGCCAGUCACUCAGCUACCUGGAGGCCUACAACCCCAGUGAUGGCACAUGGCUCCGGCUGGCAGACCUGCAGGUGCCUCGCAGUGGCCUAGCAGGCUGCGUGGUGGGCGGGCUGCUGUAUGCCGUGGGCGGCCGAAACAACUCACCCGACGGCAACACCGACUCUAAUGCUCUGGACUGCUACAACCCCAUGACCAACCAGUGGUCCCCCUGUGCUCCCAUGAGCGUGCCACGCAACCGAAUCGGGGUUGGGGUCAUCGAUGGGCACAUCUAUGCUGUUGGUGGCUCCCAUGGCUGUAUCCACCACAACAGUGUGGAGAGGUAUGAGCCAGAGCGGGACGAGUGGCACUUGGUGGCCCCAAUGCUGACCCGAAGGAUUGGGGUGGGAGUGGCUGUUCUCAACCGGCUGCUCUAUGCCGUCGGGGGCUUUGACGGGACGAACCGCCUCAACUCAGCCGAGUGUUACUAUCCAGAGAGAGAUGAGUGGCGAAUGAUCACCCCCAUGAAUACCAUCCGAAGUGGGGCAGGGGUCUGCGUCCUGCACAACAGCAUCUAUGCCGCGGGGGGCUAUGACGGUCAGGACCAGCUGAACAGUGUGGAGCGCUACAAUGUGGAGACAGAGACCUGGACUUUCGUGGCUCCCAUGAAGCAUCGGCGGAGUGCCCUGGGGAUUACUGUGCACCAGGGGAGAAUCUACGUUCUCGGAGGCUACGAUGGUCACACGUUCCUGGACAGUGUGGAGUGUUACGACCCUGACACCGACACCUGGAGUGAGGUGACCCGCAUGACAUCUGGCCGGAGUGGGGUGGGCGUCGCUGUUACCAUGGAGCCCUGUCGGAAGCAGAUUGACCAGCAGAACUGUACCUGUUGAACCAUUUAAGUUUGGUUUUCUUGAGCAAAAAAUGGUCUCAUCAAGAGUAUUGUCAUUUUUGUACAAAAAUGGGGACAAAAGAAAAGCAACAGAGCAAAUGCUUGUCCUUGAGGAUGUGAGGCCGGAAUGCCUCAGUGUUAAAAUGACUGCUUGAAAAAAAAGAAGACCAGAGUGGGAACCCAGGAGCCCAUCAAAAUAGUCCCAGAAAUGUCCGAGAGAAUGCCUGGAUGGGGUUGCUAGAGGGUGAGCUCCUGCAAGAGAAAACCCCACACCCACCGCCCCAGGGCUAGGCCUGGCUUCCAGGGUAGCAGCUGCCACCUCCCUUUGGGGUGAAAGCAGGUAUUGAGGUCAGGCUGGUUUUUGUUCCCUGUGGCUUUGUGAUUGGUUCCUAGGGGCCUGAGAAGAAGCCAACUGAGGCAUUGGGGGUGAGACCCUUCAGGAGGUGUGGACCCUGGGCUGGGCCUGUACAUAGACCACUGGAUAUCUUUGUCCUGGAUAUUCAUUUUGUUAAGUAACCCUGUAACUUUCCAAUGAAAAUAAAGAACAAACUAACUAGUGUCUUCUA